ACGAUGGACAGAGCUAAGCUUCACGCUGUAGCUGCAGUUUUAUACCUGAUGAUGAUAGUGAAGCUUCAUGCCGUAGAGGAUAAAGAAAACGACACAGAUACGUGUAUUCUGAAGUUAAAGGAGAACGCAAAACGCGUUCGGUCGGAAGUGAUAAAUGAGUUGAAGGAAGAGAUAAAAGAGGAAUUUAAAAAUGAGUUCAAACAACUUGAGCUCCUCAAGAAGGAGAUUCUUCUGGAGAGAGCACGCCAGCGGGUGAUGGAGGAGAAGGUUGAUGUGUCCUAUGUGGGAGUUCAGAAACUUGAGGCUGCUCUCUCACAAUGCACUGUGAUUUCAACAAUCCCCAUCACAGCCGCAAACACAACAACCUCCACCACCACCACCACCACUACGACGACUACAGAAAAACCCCCAAAGGUGUGUGCUGCUGGCUAUGUAAAAUUUGAAGACCACUGUUACAUACUGGAGCUGGACAAAACCAGUUGGGGUACUGCAAGAAGUAGAUGCCGUGGGCUUGGUGCUGAUCUCGUCUCUAUCAAUACGGAAGCUGAGAACGACUUUCUGCUGGAGAAAGUAAAGGAAUACUUCCCGCCUAACCAGCAGAAUUCUGAAUAUUUCUGGAUGGGGAUGUUGUAUGCAAGCAGCAAAUACGUGUGGGCUGACGGCACAGAUGUUGGCUUCACUGACUUUCCGUCAGGGGAACCGAACUGUAUGAAAGAUGGCACAUGUAAAGCAUUUAUUACUACGUACAGGUCAUCUUACAAGUGGGAGGAUGCACGAAGUACCUAUGACUUCUUCUACAUAUGCGAGAAAGAUGCGUUCUAGGGACAAGAUUACUUUCUCAAAGGGGCGAAUUGGUCUAUAAAGCCAAAAUAAAUAAACUAAUUCGAUAACCGUA